CGGGCGCCGCACACAGACGAGAGACGAGACGGCUGCGAGAGCAGAGGCAAGACGUGUCUCAAAUCUCGCCGUCUCUCGCCGCUGCCUCCUCUCUUCUCCUCUAGAGAAACCGGCCGAACAUUCUCGGCAAUAAUUAAAAAAAAAAACAGUCCAGCCUGCCUGUGCCUGUUUCGUGUGUCUGAGGAUCUCCUGAUCUCCUCCUCCCCCCUCCCCUGCUCCCUCCCCAUCGUCAUCCACCUCCUCCACCCAUCCCCUCCUCGCUCGCUCUCUCGCGGCUUCCCUCUCCUCCUCUGACCUGCGCAUCUGAAGCAUAGAUAGCAAGCAAGGACCCUGCUCAGUGCUCACCUCGCCGGAGGUGCUGCUGCUACGGCGGCGGCGGCGUACUACUACUACUACGACGAGGGGAUGCUGCGUCCGAUCCGCCCGCGCCUGAAUUCCUCCACCCCUGCCCUGCCCUGCAGUCACUGACAGGUUCGCUGCGAUUUCGCCUCGACCCGGCUCCACGGUCCGUGCUCCGUCGCCCCCGGCGGGCGGACCCGAUUCCCGGGUCUCCGCCGCCCUCUUCGCCUCGCUCCCGAGGUCGUCUCCACGUGCUCUCGGGAACUCUGCGCGCAGCUCCGGAUCUCAACCGCAGCAAGGGGGGAAGGAAAUCGCGGCAGUUAAUUCCGAGAUCUGUGCCGAUUUUUAGGGCCCAAGCUGGAAAGAUUCGACUCUGCGCGCGCACAAGCCCACAGGAGUGCAGAAUUGACCGCGCGCACGACGACGACGACCACCAACAGCAACAGGAGAGAGGAGGAGAUCGAUAAGGGAUGGAGGGCGGCGAGACGACGCUGUCCGGGUUCGGCGGUGCCGGGGCCCCCGGCGUGGACACCAAGGUGCUGCACGCGUUCCAGACCAGCUUCGUGCAGGUGCAGACGCUGCUGGACCAGAACCGCCUCCUGAUCAACGAGAUCAACCACAACCACGAGUCCAAGGUGCCCGGCGACCUCUCCCGCAACGUGGGCCUCAUCAGGGAGCUCAACAACAACAUCCGCCGCGUCGUCGACCUCUACGCCGACCUCUCCUCGCUCUUCGCCGCGGCCGACGGCGGCGGCGGCCGCGCCGCGUCCGAGGGCGGGUCCGUGGGCACCGUCCGCCACCAGGCGGGCGCCGGCCACAAGAGGAUCAGGUCCGGCCUCGACUGAUUUGUUGCCAGGCAUUUCUUCUUCGCAGAGAAAAGGAGUAGCAGUACUAAGUACAGUAGCUAGCCACGUACCACCAGCCGCAGCGAAACCACCUCCCUUUUGUCUUCUGACUUGAGCUCUUCUUGUAUCUAUCGACAUACGCUAUAUAUCUAUCUAUCUAUUUAUAUGUCUCCAUUACGACUGUUACCAUAUUCUUGUUGCUAAGAGCUACUACUACUUAGUAUGCGAUUAGUCUGUAUUUUCGAUGCAAUGCAAUUCAUGGACGAUGCACGCAACA